CGUUCGAAGCUUUUGCAUCUCGUUUGGUAAUUUCUAUGGUGUGUACGAUUUUGACGUUAUAACUCAAAGUUUCUUGAAUUAAUCUUGGAAAUGCUGUUUUAGGAAUCAUUUUUUAUUGGGGAGAUAAUUGUCUGCUGUAUCUAAUGCUUCGAAUUACUUGUCACGGUUUAUUUUAAGUAAAUAAGGUAGUGGUGGUAGUGACUUAGUUUGUGAAAUACAACAUUGUAUGACAGUAGCACGGCCAUAUUUUCUGUACACCACAGUUGAAGCAAGUAAAAGUAGGAAUUCUGCUAACAUUUAAUUGUGAGUAGACCGUGCUCUUGUUUUGUAAGGAAUAUCAAGUUAUUGAAUUGAUAUUAACAUUGUAAACAUCAAGUAAGAAAAUACAAAAGAUGUCGGCCGGGCCCUACAACUAUUCCUACAUUUUCAAGUAUAUCAUCAUUGGGGACAUGGGUGUAGGCAAAUCAUGCUUACUCCAUCAGUUUACAGAAAAGAAGUUUAUGGCUGAUUGCCCUCAUACAAUUGGUGUGGAGUUUGGGACGCGAAUUGUUGAGGUGUCUGGUCAGAAGAUAAAGUUGCAGAUUUGGGACACCGCUGGCCAGGAAAGAUUUAGAGCUGUUACGAGGUCGUACUACCGUGGUGCAGCUGGGGCCCUCAUGGUUUACGACAUUACGCGACGCUCGACCUACAAUCACCUCAGCAGUUGGUUGACCGACACUCGCAACCUCACAAAUCCUAGCACUGUAAUAUUCUUGAUAGGAAAUAAGUGUGACCUUGAAGCCCAAAGAGAUGUCACCUAUGAAGAGGCCAAACAGUUUGCAGAUGAGAAUGGCCUCAUGUUUGUUGAAGCCAGUGGAAAAACUGGUGAAAAUGUUGAAGAAGCUUUUCUGGAAACUGCUAAAAAGAUAUAUCAGAGCAUCCAAGAUGGAAGGUUGGAUUUGAACGCUGCAGAAUCUGGUGUGCAACACAAGCCCUCUCAGCCUGGCCGUACUACUUUGGUUAAUGACCAGCAAGCCAACAAAGACAGCUGUGCUUGCUAGGUGCGAUGGCAGGCAAGCGGUGGUCGUCGUGUUGGCAGAGCUGCUGUCUCGCUGCCGGCAGCAGUGACUCCUGGAACUUUUCUUUGUGAUACAAGUAAAGUGGAAACUGUUCUGAUUCAAAUUGUCGGUCUCAAAAGGAGCUGAUUUCUCCCACCCCAAACAAAAUUGACUUUGUAGAAUGGAUGUUGAAACCUGUCAUUCUGUUGUUUUGCUACAGUGCUCAAUUUUCUUUACAUUCACACAAAUUGAUGCAGUUGUCACUUUGUGAAAAAGUGUGCAUAAUCAUUUUCUCACAUUUCAGAGCCCAUUUUUAGAACUUUUUGGUUGGCAACUUUAGUACAUAAAUACUUUUUCAAAGGUAAACAGUCAUUAACUGAUUUGUGUAUGUGCUUGUGCAUAAACUAUUACAAGUAAUAUGAGAGCUUUGUUAAAAUAAAAUUGAUAUAACUGUUCUUUAUACAUAUAUAUUAAUUUAUCUCAUUUUCAUGUAUGUAUGUUGUACACAUUUUUACACAGUAUUUAAUGUAAAGCAGCCAAAUAAUUUUCUCUGUGAUAUAUCUCCGGCUUGCCUAUGUAGUGCCAAUUCCCAUGUUAUUUUUGUGAACCAUUAUCAAUUCACAGGUUACAAUUUUGCUUUCACAGCAACGAUUGCAUGGGCAACAUUGUCUUCAAUUAGGGAAGCUCAAAAUGCAGUUUUGCUCGAAAUUCCGAAUAUUUAGUGGUCGGUAAUUUUCCCUCCAGGACACUGGUGGAGUUUGUUUUUCAAUUACAAAGUAGAAGUCGGUUUUGCAUAAAAAUGUUAAAAAAAAUUUUAACCAAUGGAAAUGUUAGGUGCUUUGUUAACUAUAUCAAGAAUAUUAUAUAAGAGUUGUAAAUAAUUUCUUCCCACCAGUGUUAUUUUUUGGGCUAUCUAUUCUUUCCUUUGUAUAAAGUUAUUUGAAUUGAAACGUUGAACAAUUAAUUAUUUUUUUGUUUUGUUGUUUUCAUUGUUGCAACUUGUUUCUGUUGAGUGUUAGUGUGUUUUUUGUGUGCGAAUGAGUAUACUUUUAGGAAGUUUCACAACCACUGAGAUUGAUGCAUACGUAUAAGUAUGUGUGAUUAAAAAAUAUUUACUUAACAACUUGGCUUUGUCUGGUUGAUCACUUAAAUAUUUUAUGAUGCUUGUAAUUAUACUGUGUUACAUUUCUUUCACCCAUUUUUGCAGUCAGUUAGAAAGUUUGAAGUGAAUGUUAUAACAUACUGUUUUCUGAAAGAACAGCUUGUUAUUCUCGCUAAGUUGUACCCAGUCUUAAAUGUGGAAUUGCAUAAGUUUCAGUGAUAACAAAAUGGAAAUUAAAGAUUUAAGUAAUUAGAAAUUAAUCAAGUUAUAUUAUUUUUUUUUUAAAUUUUCAGGAUUUUGUUCACAUUAAGAACUAGCAUUUACAGUCAUGUUUGUUUAAUUAUUUUUUUUCCUGUCUAAUCGUAACUGUCAUUAUGCUUGGUUAUAAUGUUUUUGCAACAUUGCAGAAUAUGUUUUUAGCUGUAGUAGUAUCACUAGGCUGGUAAAUAUUUCUUGAACCAUUUUAAGAAACUUCAAGAGUAAAUGUGUGUGUUGUGAUAAUAAAUGUUGCUAAAUUUAUGUUACAGCGUAAAUGACGUUAGAAAAUUCAUGUAUAAAUUGUAUAACAAUUACUAUUAGUAUUUAAAUACUGUAUUAUAUAGACAACACAUUUAUAAAUUGUAUAUUAUAUUGUCAAAAAUUUUAUCACGUACAAUUUGGGAUGGUGGUUUUCAAGAAAAAAGAAGUUGUUUUGAAGUGCAUCUUCUUGGGUUUAUUGUAUUUCCUGAAGGAGUAAUACUCUUGCAUGCAAGUUUUAGGAGUGAGUGGGGAGUGGAUAGAAAAUAAAAUGAUGACUUCUUUUUUACCAUGAUUUUCAUGGUUGAAUUAUAAAAACCAUAGUUUUGUUAAUUUGAUGUCCUUUUGUGAGUGUGCAGUUUUACAACCAUUUGUUGUGCUAACAUUCCACUUUAUUUAUACAGUAAAUAUAUUCUUUGAUAAUGUAGCAUAGUAUAGAUGCCUUUAUAGAAUCUUGUUUAAUAAUUUGCGUAGACAUAAUAAAAGCUACACUGAUGUAUAAUAUAUGUACAUAUAUAUUUAUCUUUUCAUUUUCA